AUGGAGACCAAAGACUUUAGUUUUGCUACUGAUAUGUUGAUGAAUAACAGUGUGACUGAAUUCAUUCUGGUUGGGUUGACACAGGAUACUGAAAAGCAGAAAUCAAUAUUUGGGAUCAUCUUGAUUCUUUACCUUUUGACUCUGCUGGGCAACUUUCUCAUUGUGGUGACUAUUAAGACAAGUCAGACCCUUGGGAGUCCUAUGUACUUCUUCCUAUUCUACCUGUCCUUUGCUGAUGCCUGCUUUUCUACAACUACAGCACCCAGAUUGAUUGUGGAUUCUAUAUCUCAGAAGAAGACUAUUUCCUACAACGAGUGCAUGACUCAGGUCUUUGCAGCCCAUUUCUUUGGGUGCAUGGAAAUAUUUGUGCUCAUCCUCAUGGCUUUUGAUCGCUAUGUGGCCAUUUGUAAGCCACUGCGAUACACAACCGUCAUGAGCCAGCGUGUCUGUGGUGUGCUGGUGAUUCUGGCCUGGGUGGGAUCUUGUAUUCAUUCUUCAGCACAGAUUCCUGCGGCUUUGAAAUUGCCCUUCUGUGGCCCUAAUGUGAUUGAUCACUAUUGCUGUGAUUUGCAGCCCUUAUUGAAACUUGCCUGCAUGGACACUUACGUGAUAAAUUUGCUACUUGUGACCAAUAGUGGGGCCAUAUGCAUGGUGAGUUUCAUGCUCUUGCUUGUAUCCUAUGUUGUCAUUUUAUACUCUCUGAGAAACCACAGUGCAGAAGGAAGGCGAAAAGCUCUUUCUACCUGUACCUCCCAUUUUAUUGUGGUUGUCUUAUUUUUUGGUCCAUGUAUAUUCAUGUACACACGCCCACCAACUACAUUUCCAGUGGACAAGAUGGUGGCUGUGUUUUAUACAAUUGGGACACCCUUGCUCAACCCUCUGAUCUACACACUGAGGAAUGCAGAAGUGAAAAAUGCCAUGAGAAAAUCAUGGUGUAGCCAAUUAUGACUUCAGCUGAUACAUAAAGUAUGGUGAAUUUAAUUUACAUUUCCUUAACAUCUUAGUUUUUGUUACGUGGGCAGGAAAGAUAAAAUACUCCUAAUAGGAAACAAUCCUAACAGGAGACAAUCAAUACAUAUCAACAUGUAUACUGACUCAUUAUACACACAUUUA